GAAGAAUCUCAAAGCUUUUAUACUCCUUAUAACCCAAGAAAGAAGAGAGGAAAACACAAACAAUCUCAAGCUCUGAUGGCGGCAAAACAGAGUUACUUCAUCUUGUUUCUUUCUCUUGUCCCACUCUGUUCCUCAACAACUCAUGAUGUCAUAAACCCACCAACAGUCUUCCCUACAAACCCAACAACAACACCUCCGGCUACUACAUUCCCUCCGGUGACCAUAAACCCCACAAAUCCAGCUCCAACACUUCCUCUUAACCCUCCAGUGACAGUAGUCCCUCCUACACUCACGCCCCCUGUGACCAACCCAGUGACUCAGUAUCCUCCAGCACAACCAUCAGGGACGGUUCCUGUGAUUCCACCUCCUGUUGUCUCAAACUCUCCAUCGGUUUCAGGACAAAGCUGGUGCGUAGCAAAACCUGGAGCCUCUCAAACCUCACUCCAAUUGGCUCUUGACUAUGCAUGUGGAAGCGGUAAAUCGGAUUGUUCUCAGAUACAGCAAGGAGGCAGCUGUUAUUCACCUAUCAGUCUUCAGAAUCAUGCCUCAUUUGCUUUUAACAGCUAUUACCAGAAGAAUCCUUCUCCACAAAGCUGUGAUUUUGGUGGUGUAGCCUCAGUUGUUAGCACCAAUCCAAGUUCUAGUUCUGGCUCAUCUACAUCAACUCCAGUAGGAGCAACAACGACAACACCAACUCCAUCAACACAAACAGUUAACCAGCCUCCUGUCACAUCAACACCUAUAACACCAACAGGAGGCGUGACAAUCGGGGUUGGAACUCCACCAGCGGUUUUUAACCCGGCGAGUCCUUCAUCAAACACUCUACCAAAUCCAUCCGCAGGAGGUUCAGCGGUUUAUGGUUUUGAUGGUUCACCUAAUGGGAACAAUCCAACACUAUCAGACUCUACCAACUUGCAGAUUCGCUUUGGUCACACUAUGGUGGCAACAUUGAUUCUUCAUGCAGUGCUAUUUCAUUAG